UCCUCACUUACCCAGAUUCAGGGUUUUGCCAAUUUGGAGUUCAUAGUUCGAUUGCUAAUCCCAGGAAGAGGCCGAGAGAGAUCGAUGGCUAAUAGGAAUCUGGAGAAAUUGGCAUCGAUCGACGCACAAUUGAGGCUUUUGGUACCUGGGAAAUUGUCUGAAGAUGAUAAGCUUGUGGAGUAUGAUGCUCUGUUGUUAGAUCGGUUCCUUGACAUUCUUCAGGAUUUGCAUGGAAAUGAUCUCAAGGAAACGGUGCAAGAUUGUUAUGAACUUUCAGCUGAGUAUGAAGGGAAGCAUGAUCCUAAGAAGCUGGAGGAGCUUGGAAAUGUAUUGACAAGUUUGGAUCCAGGAGACUCCAUUGUCAUUGCUAAAGCUUUCUCUCACAUGCUUAACUUGGCCAACUUGGCUGAGGAGGUUCAGAUUGCUUACCGUCGACGGAUCAAGAAGUUGAAAAAGGGCGAUUUUGUUGAUGAGAACUCUGCAACAACUGAAUCAGACAUUGAAGAAACUCUGAAGAGACUUGUGGUGGACCUGAAGAAGUCUCCUGAAGAAGUUUUUGAUGCACUGAAGAAUCAAACUGUGGACCUAGUUUUCACUGCCCAUCCAACCCAAUCAAUCCGCCGAUCAUUGCUUCAAAAGCAUGCUAGGAUACGGAAUUGUUUGGCCCAGUUAUAUGCCAAAGACAUUACACCUGAUGAUAAGCAGGAACUUGAUGAGGCUCUACAAAGGGAGAUUCAAGCUGCCUUCCGUACUGAUGAGAUCCGAAGGACUCCACCAACCCCACAAGAUGAAAUGCGAGCUGGAAUGAGCUACUUCCAUGAAACAAUUUGGAAGGGUGUUCCUAAAUUUUUACGCCGUGUUGAUACAGCUCUUAAGAACAUAGGGAUAAAUGAGCGUGUUCCUUACAAUGCUCCCCUUAUUCAAUUCUCUUCUUGGAUGGGUGGUGAUCGUGAUGGUAAUCCAAGGGUAACUCCCGAGGUCACGAGGGAUGUCUGCUUAUUGGCCAGAAUGAUGGCUGCUAACUUAUACUAUUCCCAGAUAGAGGACCUCAUGUUCGAGUUGUCUAUGUGGCGUUGCAAUGACGAGCUUCGAGUUCGAGCGGAUGAACUCCAUAGAUCCUCAAGGAAAGAUGCAAAACACUACAUAGAGUUUUGGAAGCAAGUUCCACCAAGUGAACCUUAUCGGGUUAUUCUUGGUGAUGUGAGGGAUAAGCUAUAUCAGACACGUGAACGAUCUCGUCAUUUAUUAGCCCAUGGGUUAUCUGACAUUCCCGAAGAGGCAACUUACACCAAUAUCGAGGAGUUCUUGGAGCCUCUUGAACUCUGCUACAGAUCUCUAUGUGAUUGUGGGGACCGGUCCAUUGCUGAUGGAAGUCUUCUUGAUUUUCUGAGGCAAGUGUCCACUUUUGGACUCUCACUUGUGAGACUUGACAUAAGGCAAGAGUCAGACAGGCACACUGAUGUCAUAGAUGCCAUUACGAAGCAUCUAGAAAUUGGUUCCUAUCGAGAAUGGUCCGAAGAACGCAGGCAGGAAUGGCUUUUAUCUGAACUCAGUGGCAAGCGGCCACUAUUUGGACCCGAUGUUCCAAAAACUGAAGAAAUCGCUGAUGUUUUGGACACACUUCAUGUCAUAGCAGAACUCCCGCCAGACUGCUUUGGAGCUUACAUCAUUUCUAUGGCGACAGCACCAUCUGAUGUGCUUGCAGUUGAGCUUCUACAGCGUGAAUGCCGUGUGAAGCAGCCACUAAGGGUCGUUCCUCUGUUUGAGAAACUCGAUGAUCUAGAGGCUGCUCCUGCUGCCGUUGCACGGCUUUUCUCAAUUGAUUGGUACAGGAACCGUAUUAAUGGUAAACAAGAAGUCAUGAUCGGGUACUCGGACUCUGGUAAAGAUGCCGGGCGGCUUUCAGCAGCCUGGCAGUUAUAUAAGGCUCAAGAGGAACUUAUAAAAGUUGCAAAGCAUCACGGCAUAAAGCUAACCAUGUUCCAUGGUCGAGGUGGGACAGUGGAAGAGGAGGUGGCCCCACCCAUCUUGCUAUAUUGUCUCACCUCCAGAAACAAUUCAUGGGUCACUCCGUGUUACAGUUCAGGGUGA